GGGUGCGGGUCCCCGGGCGGAGCGGCGGGACGGGACGGGCCGGGCCGGCGCGGCGGCUGCGGGCGCGGUGCGCGGGCCAUGGCGGAGCUGGCGCAGGGGCAGAGCCCGGCGCCCGUAGGGAUCAAAGCCGAAGGCUUCGUGGACGCUCUGCACCGGGUCCGGCAGAUUGCUGCUAAAAUUGGAGAUAUUCCUCACUUGAAUAACUCUACAACACUUGUGGACCCAUCAGUCUACGGUUAUGGAGUGCAGAAAAGGCCCCUGGAUGAUGGAGGUCUCCGUGUAAGUGGGCUCCAUGGAGCACAGAUAAGAGACACAGAGAGAAUAGGUAACCAGUUAGGGGCCCUGGUACAUCAAAGGGCUGUAAUCACAGAAGAGUUCAAAGUGCCUGAUAAAAUGGUUGGAUUUAUAAUCGGCAGGGGAGGAGAACAGAUCUCAAGGAUUCAGGCAGAGUCUGGCUGCAAAAUUCAAAUUGCUCCAGACAGUGGUGGGAUGCCUGAGAGACCUUGCGUACUCACUGGGACUCCAGAGAGCAUUGAACAAGCAAAACGGCUUCUGGGGCAGAUUGUAGAUCGCUGUCGGAACGGACCUGGGUUUCACAACGAUGUUGAUGGCAACAGUACCAUCCAGGAGAUUUUGAUCCCGGCAUCCAAAGUGGGUCUAGUCAUCGGCAAAGGAGGUGAAACAAUAAAGCAGUUGCAGGAGCGAACAGGGGUGAAAAUGAUUAUGAUCCAAGAUGGUCCAUUGCCUACUGGAGCAGAUAAACCUCUCCGUAUUACUGGAGAUGCAUUUAAAGUACAGCAAGCAAGGGAAAUGGUACUGGAGAUCAUCCGAGAGAAAGAUCAGGCAGACUUCCGAGGCGUACGCAAUGAUUUCAGUUCUAGAAUGGGAGGAGGCAGCAUAGAGGUCUCUGUGCCCAGGUUUGCUGUUGGAAUUGUGAUAGGAAGAAAUGGAGAAAUGAUCAAAAAGAUUCAGAAUGAUGCUGGAGUUAGGAUUCAAUUUAAACCAGAUGAUGGGAUUAGUUCUGAACGAGUGGCACAGGUCAUGGGGCUUCCUGAUAGGUGUCAACAUGCAGCACACAUCAUCAGUGAGCUCAUUCUGACAGCACAGGAACGAGAUGGCUUUGGAGGUUUGGCUGUCACCAGAGGAAGAGGUCGUGGCCGUGGGGACUGGAGUGUUGGAACCCCUGGAGGCAUGCAGGAGAUAACCUACACGGUGCCAGCUGACAAGUGUGGUCUUGUUAUAGGCAAAGGUGGGGAGAACAUCAAGAGCAUAAAUCAGCAGUCAGGAGCCCAUGUGGAGCUCCAGAGAAACCCACCUCCAAACACAGACCCUGGAGUACGAAUAUUCACAAUCAGAGGAGUUCCCCAGCAAAUUGAACUUGCUAGACAUCUCAUAGAUGAGAAAGUUGGUGGUACCAGCAUGGGUGGACCUGGAGGAUUUGGUCAAAGCCCAUUCAGCCAAGCACCUGCAACACCUCAUCAAAAUGGUCCUCAGGCCUUCAUGACGCAGGGUUGGGGCAGUACCUACCAGACGUGGCAGCAACCUGGACAGCAAGUCCCAAGCCAACAGAGCCAGCAGCAGAACAGCCAUCCUGAUUACAGCAAAGCAUGGGAGGAGUAUUUCAAAAAACAGAGUCAUGCUGCCAGUGCUGCUUCUCAGGCAAGUUCCCAGCCCGACUACACGAUGGCUUGGGCAGAGUAUUACAGACAGCAGGCUGCCUACUACGGGCAGACACUAGGGCAGGCUCAGGCCCACAGCCAGGAGCAGUAGAACAAGGUCCUCGUGGCAAUUUUUUUUUUUUUUUGUCCUCCCUUGGAAUCAUUGUGGCAGCAAACCUUUUUGUAACAGAGGUUUCUAGAUUUGCAACCUUUUGAUGAAGACUUUUCUGUUUGUUUGUUUGAACACUAGUUGUAGGAUAAUCUAUACUGAACUUUUCUAAGAAUCAGGAACAAUUAGUAACGUACUAAACUUAUGGACGUGCUGGUAAUUUUGUUUCCAAAUUUGUAAAAAAAAAAAAAGAAAAAAAAAGAAAAAGCAAAAGAAAAAAAAUAGCAAAAAAAAAAAAAUUAAAAAAAAAAAAAAAAACCAAACUCCGGGAUUCUUUUUGGAGAGAAGCCAGAGAAUUUGCAGGCACCAAAAUGCACCCCAGAGCUGUGACAUUUCAACAUGUGGGUUUUUUGUGUGGGGGUUUUGUUUUUUUUUUUCCUUUUAAUUUUCGAUCUGUUGCAACAGAAAGAGUGGCUUGGAAGUCUUAGGUGGUAUGUAACAAAUCCUAAAAAGAAAAAAAAAAAAAAAUUUUAAACAGUAUUUAAAUAUUCUUAAAUAUGUAAAUUCAUUAAAUGUUUUACUUCUAAUUUCUUGUACCUUGGCUGUCUUUGAUUUUAUUGCAUUUUUUAAAAACUGAACUAUGUAUUGUAAUUAAUUAUGUGAAUUCUGUAUUGAGACAGUUUCUGUUUUGCUGUCAGACAAGUUAUGGGUGGGGGGGCAUUUUGUAGGGUUUGUAUAAUUUCUAGAGUCUAAAGGGGUAAUAUAAAAACGUGUUAAUUUUUUUAGCAAUACAUUUUUCAUGUCUCCAUUCCUAGUUGCAUUUAUGUAUCUAAGACCUCCAAGCUUGUUUAAAAAAAAAAAAAAAAAAAGACAAAGCAAAAAAAAAAAAAAAAAAAAGAAAAAACUUUCUUCUAUGCUCUCAGAAAUAUAAAUACUGUUAUUUUUAAUAUUAAAAUGAAUCUGCUAUUAGUACCUUUAACAAACACUGUGGAACAUAAAAACCAUAUAAAAGGUAGUAACUAUUUUUUAAUUCCAAGGUGUUUUUUGCUUUUUCAUUUCUUUUAAAUAUUUUCUUAUCUAAUAUUUGUCAAAUUACCUAGAGAAAUAAAUGAAUCUAGUAUUAACCACAGUAUGCUAAAUAAUUUUGAUUUAAUAAAAGGGAUAAUAUGAUUUCCAAUGUUUACUGUAGUGUUUCUUGUACAGAUAACAGUGUAUUUUUAAAGGAAAAAACGGAAUUGAAGCUAUUUUUUCUUGCAUUUUUAAUUGCCCUGCAGGACAUUCCGUUUUGAAAUGUACUGAAGUUACUGUUCUUGGGUUCUUUCCUUAUUUUUUUUUUUUUCCUUAUGCUUGAAAUGUCUAACUAUAAAAAAAAAAAAAAUAUACGAACUCGAUUGGAUAAUGUUGAGCAUGGUGUUUAAAACAAACAAAGUGUUCUUUUUAUUUGACUGACAGUUGCAUUUUACACUCUAUAUAAUAAAAUUCCCACAAGGUGUCUUGUGGGUGAAGUA